AGAGGGGGAGAGAGAGAGGGACAGAGAGAGAGAGACAGACAGAGAGAGAGGUGAAGCUCGUUCGGCCUCGUUUGACACAAAUCUGCUCCACGUGGGUUUCUAAAAAAAACAACAGAAUUUAGCCUUAGGGAGAUUUAAAUUGGCCCCUGUGUUCAUUAAGGGAAUACCUCUUUGACAGCAAACCCCUGCACAUACGCACACAAUCAAACACACACACACACACACACACACACACACCAGCUCCCUGCUGGGUGCCCUUUGGCAAGACACUGACUUCCUGUCAGAUCCUAACCUCUGACCUCUCGCUGCUUCCCUACAGGAAAACGCAGAGUAAUACAUAAUGAUGAUUAUUAUCAUAAGGAAGAGAACAAUUAUUUACAUUAUUAUAAUUAGUUGUAGGCAAAGUAUUGGUAGAAGCAGCAGUAUUUGGUGUUGUAAUACAUACUAUAUACUUAACUAUAUAAUAAUGGUAUUACUAGUAUAUAAUCUAGUAAAACACAUUAGUCAAUGUAAGAACUAACUAAGGCUUUAGAGUAAAGGUGCAAAAGGUUAUAUAUGUUGAUUACACAAGUUUGUGUUUUGUGCAGAAAUCUUAAUAUUUCACCAGUUCACCAGAGAACAAUGCAUUGUGUCUAAAACUUAAAAAUGCCAGGCUGUAUUUUCUGCAUUCAAAUUGAUUCUCCUGCUUUGAGCCGACUUAACGGAAGAUAAACUCAGACAUCUCAUUGACUCUGUGCAGAGCGGAUCUUCGAGGAUCAUGAGAACCUGGUGGAGAACCUGCUGAACUGGACCAGAGACAGCCAGAACCGCCUGAUGUUCACUGAACGCAUCGAGAAGUAUGCUCUGUUCAAAAACCCCCAGAACUAUUUGUUGGGGCGGAAGGAGACAUGCGAGAUGGCUGAGAGAAACAAAGAGGCUCUGUUAGAGGAGUGUUUUGGCGGCAGCUCCGUGUCCGUCCCCGAGAUGGAGGGAGUGUUGUGGCUGAAAGAGGACGGAAAGAAGUCGUGGAAGAAACGCUACUUUCUGCUGAGGGCUUCUGGCAUCUACUAUGUCCCCAAGGGAAAGGCCAAGGCAUCCAGAGACCUGGUGUGUUUCCUCCAGCUGGAUCACGUUAAUGUCUACCAUGGACAGGACUACAAGAGCAAGUACAAGGCUCCUACUGACUACUGCAUGGUGCUGAAGGUACAGUCACACACAAGUACACCUGAACACAGGCGUGAUGGGGUUCAUGGUUAAAUCUCUAUACUGUCUGGUUUGUGGCACCGUAGUCUCCCGAUGCCACCUAGUGGUGCAACACAGCAAUGACACCUAUUUCAAAGAAAAGACAACAGACUAUAAUAAUUAAUAAAACAGUGCUUUUUGUAGGUUUAUUGCAUUAAUACUGCAGUCGUCUGAUUGAAAUUUUAGAUGAUACAUACAUUUAUGUAUUUGUGACAGGAGUUGAGUAAUAGCAGCAGUAGUAGUAAUCUCAAAAGUAGCAGUAACUAAUAGUGCUAGUAUCAUAACAAAGUAUCCUGUAGAUGUGAGCUGCUACACAAAAGUCACAAAAGUACACAAACAAUGUGAAAGAUGAAACCUGUGCAUUAGGAGAAGUGUUUCACUAGUUCCCCCGUCGCUAUAUUUAAGUGUGUGUGUGUGUGUGUGUGUGUGUGUGUGUGUGUGUGU